CCAGAGAGAUCUCUCUCUCUAGAGAGAGUGAGAGAGAAACAACUAUAUAUAUAUAUAUAUAUCUUGAAUUUGAUCUUAUUAAUUCAAAUAUUAAUAUUACAUAUUAGUUAUUAAUGGGUUUUCGAUUUGUUCCACUUGCGAUCACUAAUAUUGUAUUGAUCCUCGUUAUCGUGACAUUAGUCAAUGCUGGUCAAUGGCCGCCUUCACCCGGUUACUACCCGAGUUCCCGGUUCAGGUCCAUGAGCUUUUAUCAGGGUUACAAAAAUCUCUGGGGUCCAGGUCAUCAAAGUGUUGAUAACAACGGCAUCACUAUUUGGCUUGAUCGAAACUCUGGAAGCGGGUUCAAGUCGGUGAAACCGUUUCGAUCCGGCUACUUUGGAGCCUCGAUUAAGCUCCAGUCUGGUUAUACUGCCGGAGUUAUUACAGCUUUCUAUCUUUCAAACAAUGAAGCGCAUCCAGGGUACCACGAUGAGGUGGACAUCGAAUUUCUGGGUACAACGAUCGGAAAACCUUACACGCUUCAAACAAAUGUGUACGUGCGAGGAAGUGGUGAUGGCAAAAUUAUUGGUCGAGAAAUGAAAUUUCAUUUAUGGUUCGAUCCCACGCAGAAUUUUCACCAUUACGCCAUAUUAUGGACUCCCAUGGAAAUCAUGUAAGAUCAUUUUU